AGGAAGACAUCAGCCAUGGAAACCGAAGCUGUCAGAAUGAACCAGUCCUCUUGGAACGUGACGUUGAUGUUCACCGCAUACGGAUCCCAUCCGCUCAAUUACCUCUUCUUCACACUCACUCUUUUUCUCUACCUGCUCUCCGUUUUCUCAAACGUUUUUCUGAUGCUGGUCAUCCGUGUUGAAUCCAGCCUGCACAAGCCCAUGUACAUCCUCCUCUUCAACCUGGCGGUGAACGGACUGAUAGGGAGCUCGGCCGUCUGGCCGAAGAUCAUGGACAUUCUGUACUCGGGCAUGCAGGAGAUCUCCCAGCGGGCCUGCCUGCUGCAGGUGUUCUGGGUCAACGUCUACGCCACGGGCGCCUACACCACCCUGACCGCGAUGGCCUACGACCGCUACGUCUCCAUCUGCAAGCCGCUGCAGUACCACAGCAUCAUGACGGGCGGGAGAGUGAGGCAGCUCUUGGUCCUGGUGAACGCCACGCCCGUCUGCGCCACAGCCCUACAGAUAUACCUGACGUCCCGGCUGCCGCUCUGCAGGUACACCAUCGACAAGAUGUUCUGCGACAACCUGACGGUCGUCAACCUGGCGUGCGUGAGCAGCGCUGUCAUCAACGCGUACGGCCUGUGCGUCAUCAUAGGCCUGAUCCUCCUCCCCAUAAUCAUCGUGCUGGUCUCUUACGCCAUGAUAUUGACCGUGAGCUUAAAGAACUCGAAGGAGGCUCAGAUGAAAGCUCUGAGCACGUGCAGUCCUCAUUUGAUCACCUUCAUCAAUUUCUCCCUGGCGUCUCUGUUCAACGUCAUCUACAACCGAAUUCACACCACCCGGCCGUCCGGGAUUAACGUAUUUCUGUCGCUGCACUUCGUCAUGGUGCCUCCUCUGCUGCACCCAAUAGUGUACGGGAUACGGACUCAGGAGAUCAGGAGAUCGAUCGCGAGAAUGAUGAGGAAGAAAGGUUUCGGCAUGGUGGUGUGAGGUUAAACAAAUGUUCGCUCUCAGCCGUGGGAGGGAGACCUGAGUCAGCUGUGUGUUUGGAAUACUUGAAAAGUGUUUAGGUGACGGUCAAAUGCGGAGUUUUCAUCAAAACAUGCUAGUAAGCCAAAACAUGUAAUCGUUAUAGGCAUGCACUUUGCUUUGGAUAUAAGCGUCGGCCAAAUAAAUGUAAUGUAAUGUAAUGUAAUAUUAAAGAAGAAUUUUGUAAUGAAUAUCGGUGAAAAUGUAUGCUAGAAAAAGACAAACAGUAUUUCUGUCCAGAGUCAAUAUGAAAACCAGUGCAUAGAAGAGGCUGUACUGGUGGAUGACACAUCUGGUUUCUGGGCUGUAAUGUAUGAAAUAUAUCACCCAGGAUAUUGAUGUUUCAUAAACAAUAUUUCAUAAAGAAUGAAAAAAAGAAUAAAGUCUUGUUGAUUUUAUAUGCUCAUAGGCAGAGUGACUGAAGAAAUAUGCAUGUACGUGCAUGCAUGUGUGUGUGAGAUAGACAGACACAUAGAAAGAGAGAGAGAGAGA